UCACCGUCCACAUUCACAUCUGCAACUCUCAUUCAUUUUGAUCUUUGCUACUGUUUCCGGUCAACCACUCUCUUUCCACCUCAAAUUAACUUAUCCUUCACUACCACAAUUUAUCCAACAUGCAGUCCAGUUUAGUUCUCAGUGUCCUGCUUAUUUGCAGCGGGGUCAUUGCUGUCCCUAUCUCUGGUCUCACCGACUUUACCGAGAUUGAAUCCUUCCAAAAGCAAGGCUCAAACGUACCAACCCAUCUGCUGAACCCCACAUCGCCCCAGCCGCACUCCUUGCAAGCUCAACACCCACCCCAAUCUGGAAAGCCUUCCUUCCCUGUGCAACCCGCCCCUCAACACCUUUCCGAUGUAGCCCAGUCUGAUGUGGUUCAUGCUCCUGUACCAAUCUCAUCCAGCCCAGCCCCGGGCGGUACCAACCCCCAAUCUGGAAGCGUCGUGAACGGCGGCGGUAUGCCUGCUGGGUUUGCCUCAAAUGUGGCUAGACUCGUUGGAGGGUCUACUGCUUUUGGGACAGGUACAACCUCUAAUGUCAUCUCUGGAGGACAUAAGGGCGAACCUUUAGUCAACGGGGCUGGCGCAAUUGCCGACGCUACUGUCGGCGUUGCAGGCCAGGCCGCGGGGAUGCCGAAACCUAAUGCCUGAACAGUUGUUUUAAUUGUUGCUCUCACGAAUAUACACAAACUGGACUCAUGUGGAAGCUCUAGAAUAGCUUUUCAACCCGACUAAGAUCUUCUCAUCGCCACUUACAUUUUCAAGUGCGACUAACACACAUUCAUUGAUGUACCACUCUUUCAAAUUUUGCAAUGCUCAACGAACACAUUGCUGUGCCAGAUCAUCUCGUGCUGGACGCACUUCACUUC